CAAAGAAUUUUUCGCCUCAUUCUUUUCUAAACUUGUCAUUGUAUUUUUACUCCAAAAUGGCGAGUGACGAGACAACACCACUUCUCCCCCAAAAGGGGGAACGUAAGGGACUAGUGAGGAAUUGGUUAUCGAGAGCUUUCAACGUCGAGAAUCGGAUUUUACUUGCGGGGUUUCUUAUCACGUUAUCGUUCAGUUUUACCCAAGUUCCAUUGUUUUAUGUCUUCCAUUUGAUGACCUGUGAUUCUUUCUAUGAGUCGCAUCCUCCUUACGAUGGGCCGGGCGAUAGGUGCAGUCGGGACGAGAUUGCGGCUGGAACGGCGACUCAAUACAGUAUUCUUGGCAUGUCUACUACCUUUUGCGGCAAGUCAGGUCAAUUGAAAGUCAAAUAAUGGAUGCGAUACUGACUGUUUUAAGGAACGUUGAACCUUUUUGUUGCGGGCUGGACAUCGAAAAAGUUCGGCCCCCGAGCGGCGCUUUUGUGUCAGAUUCUCAUCCCGGCAGCUCGCGUGGUCACACAAAUCUUGGGAGUCGUGGCAGGUGGAGAAAAAGGAAUGAUAAUUAUCCAAGCGACUCAAUUGAUCACAAUUCUGGGCGGUCCAGCUGGGUACAUUCUUGUUGUUAAUGUCAUUGCUGGAGAAGUCGUCGAGCCGAUCCGACGAACUGCAGUAUUUGGACAGCUACAAGGUGCAAUCAUGCUAGGCCAGGCGAUUGGCUAUCUAAGUGGUGGUAUGAUUGGUGACGCUAUCGAUAUCCGGGCUCCUUUCGACGUUGCGUUCAUUUCCUUCAUCCUCGCGGGUAUUUACGUCUGGCUCGCCUUACCAUAUAUCUCCCCCGAUUCAAUGUCUAAUGGCGGAAAGAACGGCCAAAAAGGCGUCUCUGGUUUUCUCGCACCGCUCAAGAUUCUUACACCGCAAAAAUUGCUCCUCGCUGAUGGCAGAGUGAAGAAGCAUUUCGGCGUCAUUUUCCUCUGUAGCGGCAUAUUCGUCUCAGUUCUCGCCACUGGUUAUGCACCUCUUCUCAUCCAGAUGUAUGCGACAGCGGCGUUUAAUUUUAGUCAAGGUGAUAACGGAUGGCUCAUGUCUGAGUUUGCGUUCAUGAGGAGCUUCUUCUUGAUUCUACUAUUCCCAAGGAUCAUCGCUUGGGGGCGAGGCCGUGUUAUCAGAUCUGAACCAAACAGCGACGACGAGGCGGAACCGGGUCAUAUUCCAACGGAGGCUGGGGAGUUUGAUGCUACGUUAGGUGAGCAAGCUGAUCAUGAGCCAUACGAGGCAGUCAGCCGCAGCAAAGCCGACGAGGGAUGUCUGUUUGAUCUUGUCUUCCUUAGAUGGAGUUUGCUAGUGGAUGGUCUACUUACUACAGUUGCUGCAUUCGCAACUAAGCCGUGGCAUAUCUACCUUGCUGCGUUUCUUCUCCCAUUCGGCUCCGGAUCGGCGCCAGCAGCAAAAGGUGUUAUCACACAGAUGUGUCCCGACUCUCAGCGCGCCGAUGCUCUCAAUGCCGUUACCCUGGUCGAGAACGUGGCACGACUAGCUACCCAAGGCUUGUUUGGCUUCAUCUUUGCCAGCUUGGCCGAGGUUGGCAAAGCAUAUGCCACUUUCUUCUGCAAUGCGGCUAUUGCUUUAUUGGCUAUGAUGGUUCUCUUAUUCUCCAACUUCCCGCCUCCCGGAAGCACAUUAAUUGAGAAGCAUGAAGAAGAAGAUGAAGUCCAAAACGAGGGUAGCGAAGGCGAGCCUCUCCUGAACGACAGAGACUAAAGGCUUCAGACACUAUUAAAAUAGGGGACGGCAAGAAUUGUAGAGGUGACCGCCAAGUUGAAUAAUGAACAUCGCAUGCAUAUUUUAACGGCGCUUAGGGAGCAUGAUAAAAGGUUGGAGUACAUAGAAAUGUCAUCCAUUUAAUUAGUACCUUGGUGUAUCGUUCCCAUCAUG